AUGUCGGGCAUCGUGAGCACCAUCGAAGGCCUCGCCAGCACCAUGACUACCAAAGCCAUGUCCAUUCUCGACUCGGUCUUUCCGCCAGAGCGCCGCCAGGAGCUCUUGACCAAGCUCCAGCAGUUUGCCGUCAAGAACCCAAAGCUGUCGGCCUUCCUCCUGACCAACAUCGCCCUGACGGGCCCGCCCAUGUUCUUGUUCAUCCUAUUUACUCUUACCGUCUUCGUCUUCUCGCUCGUCGUCGCCUUGCUGGUCGGCCUGCUCGUCGCCAUUGGCUUCACCCUCUUCAUGGUCAUUGUCGCUCUGGUCAUACUUUUCCCCACCGUCUUCUUCACCACCCUUGCCGCAUGCUUCUUCUUCCUGUGGGGCAUGGGUGGAUACUACCUUCUCAAGUGGUUCAACAAGGGCGAGACACCCGCAGCACAAGGCGAUGCCAUCGGUGACAAGAUCAAUGCGCUCACUGGCGGAAGACUCGACUUCAUCAUGGGCGGCGCACGUCAGGAAUACCCAGACCACUCUGGUCAGAACGCCAAGGACGACGCAAGCCCAAAGCAGAAUGGCAACAAGCCCAGGAAGCUACAAGGCGCAAAGUCCAGCGGAGUCGACUUUGGCGAGCAAGCAGACUCGAUCAGGAAGAAUGCAAACGUCGGCAAUGUCACCAAGCAAGCCAAGCUGGAAGAUGUGACCAAGCAGGCUGGGGUUGAUGGAGUUGCCAAAAAGACGGACGGAGUGACGGGCACGGCUAAAGGCCUGGCUGGAGGCCUUGUGUAG